GUCACAGCGGAGUUUCUCCUCCCAGAGACCCCAGUCUGCCUGAGACCAGCCCCGGACUUUACUGGUGUAUUUCCCGGGACAGAGAUCUACAGAGACCAGAACAGAGACCAGAACAGAGACCAGAAACCAGACCGGAUCAGAGAUGGACUGUCCUCUGUCCCAGCUGUAGGUCAGUGAUGGACCUGCUGGUUCCUGGACGUGGUGGAGACCUCAGACCCAGACUCCAUGUUGGUCGUCAUGGCCUCGCUGGAUGGAAGCACGCCGGUUGAGACGCUUCUGUCAGCGAUCCAUCUGGAGAGGUACCUGAACACCUUCUGUCGAGCUGGUCUCCUGUCGGCAAGAGAAUUCACACACCUGGAUCAUGACGCCCUCGUCAGUCUGGGUAUAACUGCCACUGGACACAGGAAGAGAAUCCUGCGAUUGGUCGGUCACCUUCAGAGGACAGAAGCUCACAGAGCCAAUCAGAAAGCAGAGACGGAUCUCCCACGUGAGCGCUGUCAGUCUGUGACGGACGGUUCUUCAUUGGAGCUUGGUUGCAGCGCUGUGUUCCCCCGUCGAUCCACACGACCGGUCAACUUUGAGAUGUUCAGGAACAGUUCGGCUCCAAACCUCGCCGCCAUGCUGACAGACUCAGAAUCCAGCAGCACCAGAGUCGUGGUGAAGCCGGUUCCCAAACCCAGAACCGUUUUCAACCGCCGCAGGACCACACCUGUCCACUUCUGUCCAACACCAGACCCUGCACCACCCCCACCCAGGAGGCUCUCCCAGGAGUCCAUAUGUUUUACUGUGUUAGAGGGCUUGACCUCAGGGGACGAGCCCACACCUGAUGCCAGACUGACCUCUGACCUCAAUGACAAGUUGACCACACCCAGCCAAAGACUGAGCCAGGUUCAGAGGGCGAGGACCAGCCGCAGCCUAUCUCUGUCAGACACUGUGGGGCUUUUACCUCCAGUCCCCCCAAGGCUGAAACGCGGGGUCCCCCCCUCAGUAUUCCAGGGGUCCCCGUCCUCUUUGUCAUCCUCUUCUUCACCUGUACAAACAGAGCAGAACCUGACUUUGUCCUCACUGACUUCCUGUUCUGGAAGUCUGGACAGCGGCAGGCUUUCUGGAUCCUCACCUUCCAGUUCACCCAGAGGAGGUGGACUGGAGAUGGUCUCUAAUGAGAUCUACUGGGGCACUUCACCUGGAUCUGCCCCAGGUGGAGGGAGGAGUUACUGCAGCCAGCCGUCAGCUCCUCUGACCCCUCCCAGACAAACCCCCGGGAGAAACAGUGGCAGCACUUUAAGUAACAACUCUUCAGGAUCAGCCCGAGCUUCCACAGAUGACCCUGAGGAGGAGAUCAGUCCUUACUGUGAGACUGUUUUCCAAACCAGGAGACAUCCACACACCUGUGAGAUCCAGAGUGAAAGAAGCAGACUGGAGGGAAGAGAGACGAGGAGGGAAGAAGAGAAACAUGCAGAGAAUCGUGGGGGUCACAAGUUCUCCUGGACCAAGCGUUUGUCUCAGGCUCUUCACUCCGGAGACUCUCAGGGUUACAGCACCGUUGGAGAACCUCCGCCCCCCCUCCGCUGCCUCUCUCUGCCCCCCCACACCUUCCACUCAGAGACCGAUGAGGACCUGACCAUCUCCCCCUAUGCCAGCUACACCUCCUUGACUGAGAGAGCCCCGCCCAUCAUCAGUGGCUGGCUGGACAAGCUGUCUCCACAGGGGGAUCAGACCUCAGUGCUGGUUGUCCUGCUGCGUCUCUUCCUCUCUGCUCCUCCCUGUGUUUCCUGCCUCCUCAGGAGCUGCCUCUGCCUUGUCACCUCCUCCUCCUUCUCUUCUUCAUCCUCUGACUCUUCAUCCUCCACUGGGAACUAUGUUUUCCAGAAACGUUAUGUGAAGUUUGAUGGAAAAAACCUAAUGUACUUCGGCAGUGAGAAGGACGUCUACCCUAAAGGAGUAAUCCCAUUGGCUGCCAUCCAGAUGGCCCGCCCAGCCAAAGACAAUAAAUUUGAAAUAGUGACGAGUCAGAGGAUCUUUGUGUUCAGGACUGAUAAUGAAGUGCUGAGGCGGCGCUGGGUGUCCACACUGCAGGACCACGUCAGGGAUCAGCUGGUGUUUGGUCGGAGGCGGUUCGGUCCUGGUUCUCACUGUCAGAGACACGGAGCCCUGGAACUGAAAGGAACCAAAUCCCGAGUUUACGCUGCCAUCAACACAGACCAGAUCUGGAUCUACAAGAGUGAACAGUGUUUUCAUAACGGGAUCGGGAUCACAGUGAUUGAAGCUCGAGGAGCGACGAUCAGAGACGGAAAACACAAGAGCUUCGACCUCAUCACUCCCUACAAGACCUUCAGCUUCACAGCGGAGUCUGACCGGGAGAAGCGGGACUGGAUGGAGGCCCUGCAGGAGUCCAUCGCAGAGACUCUGUCGGACUACGAGGUGGCCGAGAAGAUCUGGUCCAACAGAUCCAACAGGAUGUGUGCCGACUGCAAGGCCCUGAACCCGGACUGGGCCUCCAUCAACCUGUGUGUGGUCAUCUGCAAGAACUGUGCAGGGCAGCACAGAGGUCUGGGGACAAUGGUCUCUAAAGUUCAGAGUCUGAAGCUGGACACCAGCGUGUGGAGCAACGAGAUCGUCCAGCUGUUCAUCAUGCUGGGGAACGACCGGGCCAACGAAUUCUGGUCAGCCCGUCUGUCUGUGUCGGAGGAGCUGGAUUGUGAUGCCUCACCUGAGACGAGGAGAGACUUCAUCACUCAGAAGUACAGAGAUGGACGGUACCGCCUCCCCCACCCCUCCCUCAGCAGCCAGGAAGAGCUGCUCAAGGUCUUGUGUUCAGCGGUCUCUGAACAGACUCUUCUGAAAACCGUCACUCAGAUUUUCUCGGAGGCAGAGUCAGCUCGUCUUGCCAGUGAUGCCAAUGGCUGCCAACAACACCAUCAGCUGCUGGAUCACUGCCCCCCCUCAGAUCCCAGUGUGUACGAUGAGAUCAUGCAGCCUGUUCUUCACUCUGGUUUCAUCUACAAGUCCGGCUCCGUCAACAGAGGAACACUGUCCAGGAGAACUCGAGAUGACUUCCAGAAGUUCUGGUGUUCGGUGGAUCAGUCUCUGCUCCUAUACGAGUCGGACCGAUCAGCUGAUCCCUGUCUGCAGAUCAGUGUUAGAGACAUCGUCUGUCUGGGAGUCAGCCGGCCUGACUCCUCCAACAACAACAAUGGAUUCAUCGACAGGUUCCGUUACACCUUCGAGUUGUAUCUAACGUCAGAGAAACUCUUUCAGUUCGGUUUGGAGACGGCUGACGCUCUGCACAGCUGGACCAAGGCCAUCGGGAAGGCUGCGACACCGCUCAGCUGUCACUGUCUGCUGACCAGGGAGUUUGAGCGGGUGGGGCUGCUGCGGUACCGCGCCAUGUUGGACCCUCAGCAGUGGAAGGAGGCCUACUUCGUCCUACAGAAGUCCAACCUCUUCAUUUGUCCCAGAAACGAUGGAGCAGCAGAGGACAUCAUUAACCUGAACCGCCUGCAGGAGCUCAGUCUCGCCUCUGAGAACGAGAACCACGAGAAGAAGGACAUUCUGGUCUUAGUGGAGAAGGGAAGGACUCUGCACCUGCAGGGGGUCGGACGCACAGAUUUCUCACUGUGGUACUCAGACAUCCAGCGAGCCGCCGGCGGGAAAGGAAACACUCUGAGGGAACAACAGCUGAGUAGGAACGACAUCCCCAUCAUCGUGGACAGCUGCAUCGCCUUCAUCACUCAGUAUGGUCUGGGCCACGAGGGGAUCUACAGGAAGAAUGGGGCCAAGUCCAGGAUCAAACUGCUGAUGGAAGAGUUUCGCAAAGAUGCUCGAAAUGUCAAACUGCGGAUCGGAGACCACUUCAUCGAGGAUGUGACGGACGUCCUGAAGAGGUUCUUCAGAGAGAUCGACGACCCCAUCUUCAUGGCCGACCUCCACCCGCUGUGGCAGGAGGCUGCCAAAAUCCCUCAGAGGAGUCAGAGACUGGACCGGUACAAAGAAAUCAUCCGGAGUCUUCCUCGAGUCAACAGGAUGACUCUGGCUGCUCUCAUCAGUCACCUGUACAGGGUCCAGAAGUGUGCUGGUCUGAACCAGAUGUGCACAAAGAACCUGUCGCUGCUGUUCGCUCCCAGUCUGUUUCAGACUGAUGGGAAAGGAGAGCACGAGGUGAAGAUUGUCGAGGAUCUGAUCGACAACUACCUUCAAGUGUUUGAGAUUGAUGAGGAGCAUCAGACUCAGAUCGAGCUGGAGAUCAGCCUCAUCACCACCUGGAAGGACACGCAGCUGUCUCAGGCCGGUGAUCUUAUCAUUGAGGUUUAUCUGGAGAUGAAGAUUCCAGACUGCUGCAUCACUUUAAAAGUGUCUCCCACCAUGUGUGCUGAGGAGCUGACCAAUCAGGUUCUGUACAUGAGGAACGUCCCGGCCGGAGAAAAAGACGUGUGGAUGACGUUUGAGGCAAUCGAGGACGGACAGCUGGAGCGCCCAUUACACCCCAAAGAGAAAGUCCUGGAGCAGGCCCUGCAGUGGUGUAAGAUGGCCGACCCAAGCUCAGCUUACCUGGUGGUGAAGAGAGUUCCUAAAGGAGAGGGUAUCAACAUCCUCACCUCCUAUAAGAGUGAGAUCAUGAAGGUCGGUCUGUUGAGGUGUCGUGAAGAACCUCCAAAGCUUCUUCAGGGGAACAAGUUCCAGGAAAGAACAUUUCAGAUCAAAGAGCACAAACUGCUGCUGCUUAAAGACAAGAAGAGCAUCAAACCAGAGAAGGAGUGGUCUCUGGCGUCCAUGAAGAUCUACAUUGGCAUCCGCAGGAAACUGAAAGCUCCAACAAGGUGGGGGUUCACAGUGAUGUCGGACAAACACCAGCUGUACCUGUCCUGCAGCUGUGAGGCCGACCUGUGGGACUGGAUCACCAGCUUCCUCAAAGCUCAGAACGAUGACCCCGGUCCUCCGGUGUUGAGGCGUCACUCCUCGUCAGAUAUCUCCAAACAGAAGUUCGGCACGAUGCCACUCGUCCCAAUCAGAGGAGACGAGAGCAACAGCAGCAUGCUGUCAGCCAAUCAGACGCUGAGGAAGUUACAUGACAGACGAACUCUCUCCAUGUACUUUCCCAUGAAGGUGCAGCCGGACUCCUUCGAUGAGCGUUCAGAGUCUCCAGACCUCCCUGAGCCGCUCUAUGAGGAGGUUGGAGACUUCGGCCUGCAGGUCCUGAAAUCUCUGGAGACCAGCUUCCUGUCCAGCAGUGCUGCAGAGACCCAGGAGGUCCCAGACGACCCGCGGCUCAGACUAGUUUCCAUGGAAACCGAACAUCUGGAUCCCACAAUUGUCCCUGACCGGGUUCUGACCUUGGGAGGCUCUGUGGAGACUCUUGAGCACAGCAGCAGCAGUGGAGGUGGAGGAGGUGACGGAGAAACAGACUGGAGCUCUCCGGACUUGAAUGCCCCCCAUCAGCCAGCAGUGAGGAGGCAGCAGCUGCAGGGAGUCUGUACACUGUCACAGGAACUCCUGCUGCAGGAGCUGUCGUCUGCUUUCACCAAGAACACUGAGGAAGAGGAGGACGAGGAGGAGGAGGAAAGGCCGUAUGAUGUCUGAGAACUUACAAAAGUCUGGGUCCAGGAGGGUGGGGGUGGGGGAGUCUGGACCACAGCUAGACUCCAGUUUGUUUUAAGUCCUGCUCUUAUUGUCACUGUCUGCAGUUCCUGCUGUCUGACUCAAGGGGGCAGGUCUCAGGGCAGAGGACACUGUGAUUGGCUGAGAGGUCACCUGACUCACAGUUGUUGGUUCUGUUGGUGAGGGAGUGAACUGGAUUAGACUGGACUCAGGUGGACUGAUCUCUGCCGAUCUCCUUAAGUGAACUGUUGUUGCUUUUUUUCAUCAUCAGUUCUGAUCCUGAUCCUGACCCUGACCCUGACCCUGAUCCUGACCCUGACCCUUAUCCUGAUUCUGACCCUGAUCCUGAUCCUGAUCCUGAUUCUGACCCUGAUCCUGAUCCUGAUCCUGACCCUGAUCAUAUUUUUAAACUUUAUAUAAAGAUACCAGUUAAAGUCAUAUCAGUCAUAACGUACAUAUCUGUAUAAACUCUGUAGCUGUUGAUGACAUAAGCUCAAUGUUCCUGUGCAGAGAAACCGGUUCCUUUGGUUUUAAUGGGAGGAGUUUGAAUGAAAACAUGAAUGUGUUUGAUGGUAACUGGACGGACACUGUCUCUGUGUUUAACACUGCAGCAGUUUAACUGUUGAUUCACUGGAUUUAUUCAUGUUUAAUUUAUUUUAAAACCAUUAAUGUUUUAAACUGUGACGUGUCCUCACCAAAACCACUGAGACAGGACCAGUCCUCCCAUAAUACAGUCUGACUGGUCCCAGUCUUCCUCUAACACUGGAUCAGACAUCUGUUGUACAUUAUCCUACAAGCUGUUUGUCUCCUGAUUGUUCUGGAAGGUUUCAUGAAGGAUGAAAUUAAAAUUUAUUUUGGUUCAGA